GUGUCCGACAGAUGCGACUUUGUUUAUGUGAAUGGAAAAGAAACCCAGGGGCGACUGCGGAUGCUGGUGAACUUCACCUACAGUUACCUGAGCGCUCAGCUGGAGAUGAAGGUGUGGUUCCCUCGUCUGCCGCUGGAUAUAGAGGUGUCUGAUACAGAGCUGAGUCAGAUCAAAAGCUGGAGGAUCCCCAUCCUGUCCACCAAAAGCAAACCAGGCUGGAGCAGUGAGGAAGAGUGUAAGGGCCGGGGUUGUAUGCUGCAGUUCCAGCAUGCUCUGGUACGAGUCCUCACACACUUUGUGGCAGAGCAGUCAGACCCUGGGGAACCACAGGCCUUCUUCCUGGGCUCUGAUUGGCAGGGGGAUGUGACCAGGCUGGUGCGGUACUUCCUGAAGGUGGAGGACACUAAUAUUGCCCGUCUGCAGGCAGGCAGGGUUCUGUCAGGACAAGGUGUGGGCACCACGUCUAUAAAGGUCCUUUCCCCGCUGUCAGAUUCUAUCCUGGCAGAGAAGACGGUGAGGGUUGUGGAUGAUCGAGUGACCAUCACUGAACUGGGCCUGCAGUUGGUCAGUGGGCUCACACUCAGCCUGCAGCUCAGCACAGGAAGUAACCGAGCCAUCAGCGCCACGGCAACCACACAGGAAGUGCUCAGCAAUCCUAAACAG